AUGUCCCACCUGAACUGAUCCUUAACCUCCAUGAAAGUUCGGAGACUCUCCUCGUCCGCAUUCCGAAGAAGCACUCACUAUGAUACGCUGAGUGUCCCCCAAAAUGCUUCUCAGCAGCAGAUAAAGACCGCCUUCUUCGCACUUAGUAAAACACACCAUCCGGACAUCCCAGAUCACAAACUGCAGCCUGAAUUCCAUGAGAUUUCGGAGGCGUACAAUGUCUUGAGGGACCCCAUUUCACGGCGUGCCUACGACAAUACUCUCCCGUCGCUGCCCCGUCCUGCCACUCCUUCGACACACUCGCGUUACAUGGCCGAUGCGGCGGUGCGGUACCGCCGGUCUGCGCGAAACUUCCAUCCAGACCCCUCCUCCGCGUCCCAUUCUCAUCCACGCCGCGCACGUCCAACGGACGAGCCGAUGUUUGCACGCCGACCGAGCCACGUUCCCCUCGCCGGGGCGCUGGACCGACACAGUCGGCAUCCGGGGCAGCGAUACAAGCCUCCCGAUCUCCAGAAGCAAGCGGCCGCUUGGGCGUUCCAGAAGGCUGAGCUGAGGGAGCAGAAGGUCCGGGCUCCGCGGUAUAUUGCGACCUGGAUGACUGCUAUCGGUGUGUUUGCCGUUGCGAGUCUUUGGCUGAGGUGAGAAUAGUGACUAUAGAGGUCAGAUGUAUAUAAAUACCAAAUGUCGCUUGAAUUAUCGUAGUGAAUGGUCGUCGUGAAAGCGUCCGAGUACACGUUCACAUUCGUGGAUCACUCGUAAAGAUACCAUUCAGUUUGGUUUUCGCGGAGAACCACCUGCCGGUACAUGAACUUGCAUGUACGUAAGCAAAUCGUCAGCUUGCUCUGAUCAGCGUUCAUCCUUCCAUGCCUCCACGCAAAAAAACGAAGCUCUCCUCAGUCUCUUCCGGAUCGGCAACAAUGUCGCAUGAUAAUCAUAUUCCCAGCCGCGUUCCGGAGGGAUUUCCCGAAUUUGAGAAGCUUUCACGCGCCUUGGUGCAAUAUGAACAUGCAGUGAUGCUGAGGUCUCGAGAGCACAGCAAGGCGCCGAAUGAGCUGGUAGAGCUGGAUACUUGGCUAAACGGUGAUUUUCUGGGCCGUAUCUCAUUGCCGUCUCGUGAGCCUGUUACUAAGGCUGAUAUGACUUCCCUAAUGAAAUGGAAGUUGUCGCGCGGCAAAUCGAGACCCACUCUCUUAGCUCUCAUUGGAUCGAACCCGGAGACUUUGAUUCAUGAAUCGGCCGGCGCAGCGCUCGAUCGCGUGCGGGAAGCUGGAGAUGAUCUGGACGUCGCGCUGCUUGCCAUCGCAGAAGCAUGUAAACUGAAAGGGGUCGGAGCAGCGACAGCUUCUGCGCUACUCACACUGCACCCUCCCCAUCUUCUACCGUUCAUGAGCGAUGAGGCGGCUGGCUUCUUCUCCUCGACGCUCGGUCCCAUCAAGUACACCGAUACGUUUUACAAGAAAUACGCGGCCACAAUGGUCGCUUGUGUCAAGCAACUCAAUGAGAGUGAUGUGGGCUCGUCGAUGCUCUGGGACUGCAUGAAACUCGAACACGCGCUGUUCGCGAUCAGUAUCUUGUCGAAGCAUGGAGAACAUGAUCUUCUUGAGGAUCCUGUCGAAGCAGGUGGUCGGAAAAAGCGGAAGAGAGACUCGCAGGCUCAGUGAUCACCCCACGCACUACCUCAUUCGUCUGUCCCCUAUCUCAUCCUAACCGCUACCUCCAUUCUGGGCUCGCAGCAAUAAAAUCUGAAAUGUCUCAGUGCUCGUGUCUAACACUAUCCCUCUCUCCUUCCUACUAUGCCGCUCACACCAGGCGUCCGCUUCCUGGCUCUGAAAUUAUUCGCACCUUGCGUGUUCGUACUUGCGAUCCUCACUCUCACUACUAAUCCGACAAUCUCGCACUCGUAUCCCCUCCUUUGGGCCGCCCCUUUCGCGGCCAUGGGCACUAUCCUGGCUCACUUAACGUAUGGGCGAGCAGGACGUUCGCGCGCGGUACGCAAGGCGGGUGCUCGCCAGAUCCCGCGCGCUCCCAGUCGCUGGCUCGGCGGCCUCGAUCUGCUGCGCAAGAUCCUUCAUUCCUAUGAACAGGGCUUUCUUGGCGAAGCCUUUUCUGACCUCGUUGACUCGAUGGGUCCUGUCUUCAAUAUCCGUCUGCUCUGGCAGGACAAGAUCUUCACCGUUUAUCCCGAGCAUCUCCAGAUCAUACUAGCCACGGACUUCAAGAACUACAUCAAAGGCACCGACUUUUGCUUUGGAAUGAACUCAGUCCUUGGGAAUGGUGUCUUCAAUUCUGAUGGCAAGAUGUGGUCCUUCCAUCGGUCGAUGACCCGCCCUUUCUUCUCACGUGAUCGUGUCCAGGACAUGGACAUAUUCGAGCGACACACUGAGCGUACGAUCGGGUUGAUAAAAACUCGCAUGGCUGAAGGGCAUGCCAUUGACUUCCAGGAUCUCAUCAGCCGUUUGACGAUGGAUGCUGCCACGGAGUUCCUCUUUGGCUCCUGCGUUGAUAGCUUAUCGUGCUCGCUCGCGUAUCCGCACAACGUAUUCAGCCCAUCGACUCAACCGACCCAAUCAGCCGAUGACUUUACAGCCGCGUACAACCAAGCUAUGCUCCAAAUCGCUUUCCGGCAGAGGGUCGGUUGGGUCUGGCCGCUGUUUGAGAUUUUGGGCGACAAAACCGUGAAGCCGAUGAAAGUCGUCGACAGAUUCAUCGACCCUCUUAUCGAGGCUGCCUUGGCGAAGAAAGCCCGAGGAGGGCAUCUCUCUGCAUCACUUUUAGACGAGCUUAUCAGGUCCACAACCGCUAGAUCCAAAGCUGCUCAAGGAUGAAAUACUCAAUGUUUUGAUCGCCGGUCGAGAUACGACCAUGAGCGUCUUGAGCAACGUCAUAUAUCUUCUCAGCACAUCUUCUGAUGUGAUCGCCCGCCUUCGGGAGGAGAUCGCGACGUUCGUGGGGCCUUCUGGCCGUCCCUCAUUCGACAAUAUCAGACAAAUGAAAUAUCUGCGCGCUGUGAUCAACGAGACGAUGCGGCUGUUCCCGCCAGUUCCCUUCAAUAUCCGACAGGCUGUGAACGACAGUGUCUGGCCUUCGCCAGAUCCAACACAGAAACCGUUACAUAUCGCGGCUGGGACCAAGAUCGUGUAUUCUGUCAUGGUCAUGCAGCGGCGGCCAGAGCUUUGGGGGCCGACCGCACAUCUCUUCGAUCCAGACAGAUUUCUGGAUGAGCGGGCGAAGCAGUACAUCUCCCAUCCGUUCCGGUUUUUGCCAUUCAACGCUGGUCCCAGGAUCUGUCUCGGGCAGCAGUUUGCGUAUAACGAGAUGUCUUUUGUGUUGAUCCGCCUGCUCCAAACUUUCAGCUCGAUAGCCCUCGAUGCCGAUGCGUUCCCACCUUCUGCUCGAGUGCCCAGCGAUUGGUCGGGCCAGCCGGGUCGCAAGGGCAUCGAGCAAAUCGUUCCCAGAGCGCACCUGACGAUGUAUACCUCAGGUGGAUUAUGGGUACGGAUGAGCCAGGAGCCCUGUACAAGUUCAUAGUAAUAACAUCUACUGAAACAUGUAUCAUGCAAAUCCCAUGCCUGUCGUUGCUGGCCCAUCUCUGACC